AUCUCGCGACAUUCAAGAUUGCGGGAGCCCGAGCGUUGCUGCGGAGACGCAGGCGCGGACUCGCCUCCUCUUACGGCGAGUGGCGGAAGAUGGCGGCGGCUCAGGCGGUGGAGGAGAUGCGGACUCGCGUGGUUCUCGGAGAGUUUGGGGUUCGCAAUGUCCACACCACGGACUUUCCCGGUAACUACGCUGGUUAUGAUGAUGCCUGGGACCAGAACCGCUUCGAGAAGGUGGGUAGGGCUGAAGGUGCCCAGUCGACCCGAGGGUGCUGCCUCUUUUCCAGGCAGGGGAGUGGGUGGAGGUCAGUUGGAUGCUUUUGCCUCCUUGGGCAGGUGCCAACAAUGGCUGUGGAGAAGGUUUUGGUGUAUAACAACACGUCCAUUGUCCAGGAUGAGAUCCUUGCUCACCGCCUGGGGCUCAUCCCCAUCCUUGCUGAUCCUCGUCUCUUUGAAUAUCGGAACCCAGGAGAGGAAGAAGGAACGGAGAUAGACACGCUGCAGUUCCGGCUGCAGGUCAGGUGUACCAGGAACCCCAAUGCUGCCAAGGAUUCCUCAGACCCCAAUGAACUCUAUAUCAACCAUAAAGUAUACACCAGGCAUAUGACGUGGGUCCCCUUGGGAAAUCAGGCUGAUGUCUUCCCGGAGGGCACAAUCCGUCCAGUGCACGACGACAUCCUCAUCGCUCAGCUUCGGCCUGGCCAGGAAAUUGACUUGAUGAUGCACUGUGUCAAGGGCAUUGGCAAAGACCAUGCCAAGUUCUCCCCAGUGGCCACAGCCAGCUACAGACUCCUACCAGACAUCACUCUGCUUGAGCCUGUGGAAGGAGAAGCGGCAGAGGAGCUGAGCCAGUGCUUCUCCCCUGGCGUGAUUGAGGUGCAGGAAGUACAAGGUAAAAAGGUGGCCAGGGUGGCCAAUGCUCGGCUGGAUACCUUCAGCAGGGAAAUCUUCCGGCAUGAGAAGCUCAAGAAGGCUGUGCGGCUUGCCCGGGUUCGGGACCAUUAUAUCUUUUCUGUGGAGUCUACUGGAGUUUUGCCACCAGAUGUGUUGGUGAGUGAAGCCAUCAAGAUCCUGAUGGGGAAGUGCCGGCGGUUCUUGGAUGAGCUGGAUGCAGUUGAGAUGGACUGAGGCUUCCACACACAUCUGGGAUCCUAGGAGGGCGUGGCUGCUCUUGGAUUGGGGUCUUUGGCACUGCUGUACUAUACCGCUGUGCUCAGGGUUACUAGAGGUCCCUUUCCAGUCUCAUUUCCAGGCAAUACAUUUUAUUAAAUGUGCCACGGACACCUUUGCCUUUGUAAGGCCUUUGUUGUAAAUAAAUUGCUCUUGGCAAGUUCUUUUU